CCUCUCCUUGAUUUUGUAAAAAGUGAAAAACCUCUUUAACAGACUUAUAAAGACUUACAGAUACAAAUUAUGAAGUCUGCCAAGUGUUUUGUCAAGUACACCUACUGAUGUGUCUGCACAUGGAUAGGAUGAGCAUGUCCAGCUGGUCAUGAGCUAUCCUGUUCCCAUAAGUAGCUCAGAUGAUGGGGUUUGGCUUUUUGCGCGCGCGGUGUGAAGAAAACUAUUUGAAAAAAAAAAUGGCGGAUAAACAUUCAGAAGUUGGACAAGAAUGUUGCGGAAGUGUCGCCGUUGCUGAUAACGUUAACGUUACCCAGAAUGAGGUCAACUUGGUGAAACAUAAAUCAAAAAGAUGUUCAUCUACAAGCCCCAGCACAGCUCCCCCAAACAAAUCUGCCCGCAAAGUUACCGACCUCCUAUCACCCACCUCACAAACAUCAGAUGCAGGGGAAAGACAGCCCGAGACAGACAAACUAGAAAUGCAGACACAAAACACGGAGGGACCUUCAAGUCCCACUGUCAACCCCACUGCACGAAGGAAAUCCUGGAGGAGAGGCACCAUAACCCGACGCUCUCUCCCUGCACUUACCAACCCAUAUCAGGUUUUGUGCAGGAGCAUAAGUCCAUCCUUAUCACAGCAAACCCGGCUUGAGAAAUUGAUGGAGGCUUCAAUAAGGCUGGCAUUAGAAAGAACUCACAAUUCGCUGCAGUCUGUGCCGGACACCUCACUGGAGGCUUUUCAAAAACAAUUUGAACAAAUGCAGAAAGAGUGGGGAUACCUGGCCAAAAGCUUACGCGAUGAACCAGGGUGUCAACAGCUCCCUGCAACUGAAGCAAGUUCUGGUGACCCUGCAGUGCAAACAGCCAUGGAAAAAGUCCGGAAAGCCAUUAAUAGGCUCCAAGCUGAAAGUGAAUCCUGGGAGGCCCUGUUGAACAAGCACUCGAGUAAAGCAGAGCAAUUGAAAAGGAAAGUGGAGCAGGGUCAGCAUGGAGGUGUAUCAUUAGACUCUACGUCUGUGGCCCAAUCCUCACAGUACCAUUUCAUACAGAGUAAACCCGACUACCACGCUGUCUUCUGUAGACAACAGCCCAAGCUUCAUACUAUGGCAAUGAUUAUGAACGCUCAGAGUAAGAUGGUUACAGAGCUUCUGUCCAUCAAGGAGCAAACACAAAUGUUGGUGAAAGAGACCAGUGGCCGAUUGGUGGCAGAGGCAGGAUUCCAGGAUCUUUCACCUGGUUUCAUAAGGGACCUCAUGGCAGCACCUUUACCCUCAGCAACUACGUAGUCACAGGCAGGAGGCAAGCGCAAGCAAUCAAUCAUCUAACGGACCAUGACUCUUUAUGACCUGUAUAUAAAGCUUAUAUUUGUGUAAUUGUUAAUUUUGAUGUUAUGUGAUUUAGGAACUAUUUGCUCUGUCUUUUUUUGUCUUGUGUUAUUGGCUAAAGCAAGGCCUAAUAUUAUGGUUUCUGUGUCAAAUAAAACCACUGCCUUCAGCAGCAGGUCUGGUAAUAUAGCUAGUUUAUGUAAUCCAUGGUUUGAACAGCAGGUGGCAGUGGCUGUUUAUACAACAAUACAAGAAGCUUGCUGAAUUGCUGUUUGGUCUUAAUUGAGUGUAUUCAUACCUGUAAAACCUGAAACUCUGUAACCAAAUGGAUUGUCUUUUUAAAAAAAAUACAUAGUUUAGAAUUUGAUGUACAUGGAUCUGACAUUUUUAAGUGGUCUGAUUACUACUUAUUUAUAAAUAUAUGCAAAAGUGACAAUGCUAAGAGUAGCUGAACCAUGUGCGCCAUACAUGGUGUCAUUUUAAAGUGUCAUUAAACCGGAAGACAUUGUCCAAUUAAAAAUGGACUUGUACAACAAGAAAGCAUUAACUCUAAAGAUUAUAGACUAUAGAAGGAUUGUCUUCUACAGUUUGUCUAUAGUCUAGUUUAUUUACAAUCCUUUCCACAUCCUAUGUCACGUUUACUCUUUUUGGUGUGGCAUCUAUUUCACUUCAUCAGUGUCCCCUGACCAUUCAGGAAGAGGCCCCUCCCCCACAGUGACUCACCCCCAUCUUUUGCAUUUGGCUGGGUCACUGAUGCAGAACGAAGGUUUGACAUGGUACCAGUCAGUCAAAGCUUUGUUCGCUAUCAUUCCUAUCUCUUGGACCCAUUUACUCAUCAAUGUUCAUGCUUAAUUUUUCUCUGAUAACUACAACAAGAAAGAACCUCUUUUGCCCAUUGCCAACCAUAAAUAAGAGUGAAUUA